AUGCAAUCAGUUCCACAGAACAUUGCAUUCGCAAAGGAAGAGGAAAACACUCUCAAGUACUGGGAUGAAAUCGACGCCUUCCAGACAUCGCUAAAGAUGUCCGAGGGAAAACCAGAGUUCAACUUCUACGAUGGUCCACCCUUUGCCACUGGUCUACCUCAUUAUGGUCACAUUCUUGCUGGAACCAUCAAGGACACCGUCACUAGAUACGCUCAUCAGACUGGUCAUCACGUCGAGCGUCGCUUUGGUUGGGACUGUCAUGGUCUGCCCAUUGAGUACGAGAUCGACAAACUGUGCGGAGUCAAGACCAAGGACGACGUCAUGAAGAUGGGAAUCCCCAAGUACAACCAGGAGUGCAGGAACAUCGUCAUGAAGUACAGCACUGAGUGGGAGGUCGUCGUCAAGCGACUCGGACGUUGGAUCGACAUGAAGAACAACUACAAGACAAUGAACCCAACCUACAUGGAGUCUGUCUGGUGGGUGUUCAAGCAGCUGCACGAGAAGGGUCUCGUCUAUCAAGGUUUCAAGGUGAUGCCCUACUCGAUCCCUUGCACAACGCCUCUCUCUAACUUUGAGGCCGGCUCCAACUACAAGGAUGUCAGUGACCCCGCCGUUGUCGUUGCCUUCCCAUUGGUUGGUCAGGAGGAUGUUCAACUACUGGCCUGGACCACCACCCCAUGGACACUUCCUUGCAACUUGGCCCUCGUCGUCAAUCCAAAGAUGGACUACGUCAAGAUCUCGGAUUUGGUGCGCAAGAAGACAUUCGUGUUGGCCGAGAAGCGACUCAGCGUUCUUUACAAGGACCUGAAGCCAGAGAACAAGGAGUUCAAGAUCUUGGAGAAGCUCAAGGGUGCUCAGCUCGUCGGAAACCAAUACGUCCCAGUAUUCAACUACUUUGAGUCGGACUCACAGUUGGGCGCCUUCAAGGUGAUCGCCGGUGACUACGUCACAGAGGAGAGUGGUACUGGUAUUGUCCACGCUGCUCCAGCCUAUGGUGAGGAGGAUUUCAACGUGUGUCUGGCCAACGGCAUCAUCAGACGUGACGACUUUAAGCGUGCUUCUCUGAACGCUGUCGAUGUCAAUGGUUGCUACACUUCGGACAUCAAGGACUUUGUUGGACGCUACGUGAAGGAUGCCGACAAGGACAUCAUCAAGAUGCUCAAGGACAAUGGACGUCUCGUCAACACUGGAACAAUCGUUCACAGCUAUCCAUUCUGUUGGCGUUCAGACACACCUUUGAUCUACAAGGCCGUCGGCAGUUGGUUCGUCAGAGUGGAGCAGAUGAGAGACAGACUGUUGAAGAACAACGACCUCACCUAUUGGGUGCCAGACUUUGUCAAGGAGAAGCGAUUCGCCAACUGGCUCAAGUCCGCCACCGAUUGGGCCGUCUCACGUAAUCGUUACUGGGGCACUCCAAUUCCACUGUGGGUCAGUGAGGAUGGAGAGGAGGUCGUCGCAAUUGGCUCAAUCGACGAGCUUGCCGAGUUGUCUGGUGUCCGUGUCACUGAUCUGCACAGAGAGUCCAUCGAUCACAUCACCAUCCCAUCGAAGCAAGGCAAGGGAACACUCAAGCGUAUCGAAGAGGUGUUUGACUGUUGGUUCGAGUCUGGCUCAAUGCCAUACGCCCAACAACACUAUCCAUUCGAGAACAAGGAUCGUUUCGAGAGGAUCUUCCCAGCACAGUUCAUUGCCGAAGGAAUCGAUCAGACCAGAGGAUGGUUCUACACAUUGUUGGUCCUGUCCACCGCACUCUUUGACAAGCCACCCUUCCAGAACUUGAUCGCCAACGGAAUGGUGCUCGCUGCCGAUGGCAAGAAGAUGUCCAAGCGUUUGAAGAACUACCCCGACCCAAUGGACAUUAUCGAGAAGUAUGGCUCUGAUGCUCUCAGACUCUACCUCAUCAGCUCGCCAGUGGUCCGUGGUGACACACUCAAGUUCCAAGAGAAGGGUGUCAGUGACAUACUGAAGGAUGUCUUUUUGCCAUGGUACAACGCCUACCGUUUCAUGGUGCAGAAUGCUAUGCGCCACGAGAAGGUUGCCGGAAAGCCAUUCGUUCCAGACAUUAACAAUGCCUUGGCCUCCACAAACAUCAUGGAUCGCUGGAUACUUGCCAGUUGCCAAUCGUUGAUCAUGUUUGUUCGUGAGGAGAUGGCUGCCUACCGACUGUACACUGUGGUACCCCGUCUCACCAAGUUCAUCGAGGAGUUGACCAACUGGUACGUCCGUUUGAACCGUAAGAGAUUCAAGGGCGCACAGGGAGAGGAGGACGCACUGCACUCUAUAAACAUCCUCUAUGAGAUCUUGCUCAAGGUGUCCAUUGCAAUGGCUCCAUUCACACCAUUCCUGUCGGAGCACAUGUACCAGAACCUCAAGAUGUCUCAGCCAGCAGACAAGCAAAUGGGCUCUGUCCACUUUGAGAUGUACCCAGAACCAAUCAAGGAAGCCUUCAACCCAAGAAUCGAGGAGGCUGUGUCCAGAAUGCAAAUGGUCAUUGAGUUGGGUCGUGCCUCUCGCGACCGUCGCACCAAGCCAAUCAAGAACCCAUUGAAGGACUUUAUCAUCAUCUCGGAGAACAAGCAGUACCUUGACGACCUCGAGAACCUCAAGCAGUAUAUCAUCGACGAGUUGAACGUCGAGCGCGUUGUGCCCACCAACGACGAGAAGCUUGUCACGAUCAUUGCUGAGCCCGACCGCAAGCGUUUGGGUCAGCGUCUCAAGACUGCCAUCAAGGAGGUUUCUGAGAAGAUCGCCAAGCUCACUCAUGACGAGCUGCGUUCCUUCCAAAAGACUGGUGAGAUCACGAUCAGUGGACACCUACUCACAUCAGAGGACAUCAAGAUCAUCAGAAAGUACAACGGCCCAACCGACCAAUUUGAGCCAUCAGGAAACGAUGAGGUGCUCACUGUUCUCGACUUGACCAUCGAUCAGGAUUUGAUCAAUCGUGGAAUCGCCCGUGAGGUGAUCAACCGUGUUCAGCGUCUGAGAAAGAAGGCAGGACUCUCGCCAGACGAUCCCAUCAAGAUGGUGUACAACACCAAGGACAAGGCGAUCCAAACAGCAAUCGACUCUAACCAAGAGUACAUCCUCAGUGCAAUCAUUUACCCAUUGAUCGCCACAGAGGAGGCACCCGCUGACUCUUUUGCCAACGAGGUGGCAUCUGUCUCUAAUGAGAAUGACUUCCAACUCUGGUUCUCCAAGUAG